CAGCUGACCAUCCUAUCUAUAACCUGCUGAUCUACCCUAAAAAGGAUUAGCCUUAAAGAAUCGUCCGAUUUCACGAUUCCACCUAUUUUCCUGUUGUAAAACAAAUUCUGCUGCCGAUCUGCCUGCGAAAUGGAUUUAGGAAAGUUGAAAGACGACCAAAAACUUGAUCUUUGCAAGUGGUAUUUUAGAGGUGGAUUUGCUUUUCUGCCGUUUUUGUGGGCAAUCAACGCUGUGUGGUUUUUCUGGGAGGCAUUCAGGAGGAAUCCAUUUGAGGAGCAGAAGCUGAUAAGGCGAUACGUGAUUCUCUCUGCGAUCGGAGCAGUUAUUUGGGCUGCAGGCCUCACAACUUGGAUCAUCAUAUUUCAAACCAAGAGAGCAGAAUGGGGAGAAUUCGCUGACAGUAUUUCCUUCAUGAUUCCUCAAGGCAUUCCGUGACUGACGCAAAUUAUCGAUGUGAAUAUAUUUAAAGUAAGGCUUUAAUUUUGGUGUAAAUGAAUUUAUUUCUUUCAACAAUAAUAAUUUAUGUCUUUAAAUAAUAUUUAAACUCAA